AUAGAAUUCCCUCGAUCAAUUAACCUAGAAUUAAAUGUGUUUACUGUUUAGGAAUAGAGGAAAUGUAGGCUUGUCGGAAUGAAGAGCAUAUCAGAUUGGAAAAGCUUCCAUUUCAUAACUUGAAAACCCAUAGUAAUUGGACAACAUAUUUAAAAUUGGUUCAUUUUAUGGCUUUGGCCAUGCUUCUUGGCUGUUUGAUAUUUAGGCCGAAUGAAUCAUAUUGCUUCAUUUAUGGUAUAGCAAUUGGGUAUUACAUGUUUGUUUUUAAAGUGCAGUUUAGCUCAACGUGUAGCAAAAGCAAAACCAUACUUGAAUCAACAUAAUAACCAGUUUGCAAAAUUAAUGUAUUAUUUAACUUUAUUCAUAUUAAUGUGUUACGCAAACUCGACCUUGUGUCUCACUCAAUUUGUUCCCCCCUCGUCGACGAAUGUUUAAACAUUUUGGCAGAGCGUUUCCGGAACUCUCGUAUUGGCUUUUUUGUUGUUGUUUGUAUUCCUGAAGGGGACCGAUAGCAUCGCUGUUCCUCAAGAAACUGAUUAAAGACAUUUCAACCUGCAUGUAACUGAACAUUUAUUGAAAAUUGAAUGUAAAUUAUUCAAGACAUUUCACGCAGUGAAUACGAAAGAUGGCCUGUGUGUGUGAGGAUGCCUAGGUAAUGUCCCCGGCGUGACUGAGGGGACACCAUGUCUGACGAGGAGACCUCGGGGAGACACAUGGAGCCCCACUGCCUCAACAGUGAGGAGGAGGAUGAGAAUGAUGGCGAUGAUGAAGAUGACAUCCCCGAGCAGGGGAACGGAGAGGGAGACUACUCAGAGAGGGGCAAACUGCACGCCUGCUCCACGCUCUCUGGACACCCCACACACCCCUCACGGAGACUAAGCAUGCUGCUGCUGGAAGAGUCGGAGACCUUUACAGACCAGCCUCAUAGCGCUCCCUUCAGCUCGGAGAAUGAAGCGCAGGGAGGGGACUCUGCGAGAUGGCAGUGCACCGCCCCAUCUACCUCACCCUCGGGGGAGACGCCGACCCACCCCUCUCGACCGUCCUCACGGCCCGAGAGCCAAAGCCCCUCGCAGUCCCUGAGGGAAACCAAAAAGAGCACCCUCUCCUACUCCAACAAACCCGCACACAUGAGGAGGAACAUCAGAAUGCUGUUGAGGGAGCACCAGUUGGAGGCGGUGACCAAAGCUGCCCAGCAGGAGGAGCUAGAGAGGCGGCAGAGGCUGGAGCAGCAGAGGAAGGAAGGGCACUUCCCCGUUCCCCUGCUACCCGAGUACACUCCAGGAGAUCAGAGUGUGUCUGCUAGCGUGGCCGAACGGGACCAUGUGAUAUGCCUGAGCACCAGUUACAGCAGCACUAACGUCAGCGAGGACGACUCCAAGGCUCUGAUCACAGAAGCACACGCCCCAAAACAAGACGUGAUCGAGCUGAGCUCCGACGAGGACGACGCCCUACAGAUCAGCAGCGAGUCCACCAAUGAGGAGGAGGAGGACCGGUCGGCGGGACCCGAGGCGACCGGCGCCCACGCAAACGACGCUGUGAACCAACCGGACGCCCAGGGGCGUGUCUUGGUCAACCUGAACCACCCAACCGAGGAGGCAGACCUGUUCCUCUCCCCUCAGCUGGCCCGGGUCGUCAAACCUCAUCAGAUCGGUGGGAUCCGUUUCCUCUAUGACAACCUGGUUGAGUCUCUGGAGCGCUAUGAGAGCAGCGGUGGCUUCGGCUGUAUCCUGGCCCACAGCAUGGGCCUGGGCAAGACCCUGCAGGUCAUCUCCUUCAUAGACGUUGUGCUCAGACACACCCAGGCCCACACUGUGCUCGCCAUCGUGCCUGUCAACACGCUACAGAACUGGCUGGCCGAGUUCAACCUCUGGGUCCCGACCUUUGAUGCACUACCCAUGGACGUGGACCCCACUCAGGUCUCCCCGCGCACCUUCAAGGUCCACAUCCUGAACGACGAGCACAAAACCACGACCACCAGAGCGAAGGUGAUCUCUGACUGGUCGCGGGACGGCGGCGUGCUCCUGAUGGGAUAUGAGAUGUAUCGCCUGCUGUCCCUGAAGAAGAGCUUUGUGGCGGGCCGGAAGAAGUCCAAGAAGGCCCAAGGACCGGUGGUCAUCGACCUGGACGAAGAGGACCGGCAUCAGGAGCUCCUCAAAGGCAUAGAGAAGGCCCUGUCUCGUCCCGGCCCGGACAUGGUGAUCUGUGACGAGGGCCACCGCAUUAAGAACUGCCACGCCAGCACCUCGCAGGCCCUGAAGAACAUCCGUACCCGGCGGCGUGUGGUCCUCACGGGAUACCCCCUCCAGAACAACCUGAUAGAGUACUGGUGCAUGGUGGACUUUGUCAGGCCUGACUUCCUGGGCACCAGGCAGGAGUUCAGUAACAUGUUUGAGAGGCCCAUUCUGAACGGGCAGUGUGUGGACAGCACGCCGCAGGACGUCCAACUGAUGAGAUACCGAAGUCAUGUCCUCCAUAGCCUGCUGGAGGGCUUUGUCCAGAGGCGUGGUCACGACGUGUUGAGAGACCAGCUCCCCUCCAAGGAUGAGCACGUGAUACUGGUGCGACUGUCGCCCCUGCAGAGGGCCCUCUACACAGAGUUUAUGAACCGCUUCAGAGAGGCAGGCAACAGCGGCUGGCUCAGCCUCAACCCACUCAAGGCCUUCUGCGUCUGCUGCAAGAUCUGGAACCACACAGACGUGCUGUACGAGUCACUGCAGAAGGAGAAUCUGGCCAAUGAGCAGGACCUGGACCUGGAUGACAUCACCAACAGCCACGCCCGCUGCCCCGCCCCCAACCAGAAGGGCAAGACUCCGGAGGACCCCAACAGCAUCGGGGGGCUGAGUCUCAACGCUCUGCAGGAGAAGGCCAAUCAGGUCAUCACCUACGAAUGGGCGAAGGAGAUCAUGUCUGACUAUAAGCCAGGGAUUUUGGAGAACUCUGCUAAGAUGGUCCUGCUGUUCCACCUGAUCGACGAGAGCGUCAGGAAAGGAGACAAGAUCUUAGUCUUCAGCCAGAGUUUGUCCACCCUCUCGGUCAUCGAGGAGUUCUUGGCCAAGAGGCCCAUACCGGCGGGCAGUGCCAGAGAGGGCCACAACCAAAACUGGCUCCGCAACCACAAUUACUACAGACUGGAUGGGAGCACGUCUGCCUCCGAGAGAGAGAGACUCAUCAACCAGUUCAACGACCCGUCCAACACCUCCACUUUGGUCUUUCUGCUUUCCACCAGGGCUGGCUGCCUGGGGGUAAACCUGAUCGGGGCUAACCGCGUGGUGGUUUUCGAUGCCUCCUGGAACCCCUGUCACGACGCCCAGGCUGUGUGUAGAGUAUACCGCUACGGCCAGAAGAAACCCUGCCACAUCUUCCGCCUGGUCUGUGACUUCACCCUGGAGAAGAAGAUCUAUGACCGACAGAUCUCCAAGCAGGGCAUGUCUGACCGAGUGGUGGACGACCUGAACCCCAUGCUGUCGUUCACACGGCGGGAGGUGGAGUCUCUGCUGCACUUUGUGGAGGAGGAGCCUGACGUGUCACAGGUGCAGCUGCAGUCCCGCCAGGAGAUGGAGGCGAGCAUCAGACAGGCCUGCCAGCUCUACCCUCACUUAGUCACCAAGCAACCCUUCCACCACGAUUCUCUCCUGGUGGACCGGCGGGAGAUGAAGCUCACCAAAGCAGAGAAGAAGGCUGCCAAAAAGAGCUACGAGGACGAGAAGCGUGCGUCGGUGCCCUACACGAGGCCCUCUUACGCCCACUACUACCCCGCCAGCGACCAGAGCCUCACCAACAUCCCUGCCUUCAGCCAGCGCAACUGGCGCCCACCCCCUCGCCAAGAUGAGAAGCCCGUGGCCAGCGUCCGCCCCGUUCAGUCAACUCCAAUUCCCAUGUUGCCUCGCCAGGCGUCUCAUGCCUCCGCCUCCACGGCAGACUCCGACUCCAGCUCGGGCUUUCCCGUCAACUACCUGCAGAAGGCAGGCGUCUUCGUCCAGAAGAUCGUCACCACCACAGAUAUCGUGAUACCAGGAACCAACAGUUCAACUGAUGUCAAGGCCAGGAUCAGUGCAGGAGAGAGCAUCCACGUCAUCAGAGGAACUAAAGGGACCUACAUCAGAACCUGCGACGGGAGGAUCUUUGCCAUCCGUGCUGCAAGCAAGCUCAAGGCAGGGGAGGAGAACUCAGCCGUUGCACCCAAAAGUAGCAAUCCCAACUCAACUCUUAACACCCAGAAGGCAUCGGAGGACUCGGCGAACGGCACCAGCGGCUGUGUGACUCGCCCGCUCUCCCCUGACAGCCCCGAGAUCCUGAGUGAGCUCCAGAGGUACACAGCUGCAUCCGGAAACAAGAUCCAGCAGCAGCAGGCCUCAAAGGCUCUGUCUGCAGGAUCCUUGGAGACGGCGCUGGCAGAGAGCACCAAUGGCAGCAGCGUGACCAGCCAUGUCAAGCCCUGGGGAGAGACCACGGCCCAGCCCAACACAGACUCCACGGCCGCCCUGGACCUGAAGGGCACCAAGCGCAAAGCCUCCACCCCGUCUGCCGACGAAUGGGCCGACAACAAGCAGCUGGCCCCCGGCAAGCGCACCUCGGCCCCGUUGCCCCCCCGGGGCUUUCCCUUCACCAGGGGCUACGGCCUCCCGCCCAUGGGCCUCAACCCGGCCAUGCUGGGUUCCAUUGAGCAACCCCUUUUCAUGGGAACUGGCUCGCCCUACUUCCAGCCCCACAGCCAGAUGGGUGACCCCUGUCUCAUGUUCCCCAUGACCUCUGACCCCUUCGGCCUGGGUGACGGCACCCUAACUAGCUCCUCCUCCAGGUCUUCCUCCUCCACCACUACCAGCUCCUCCUCGGCUGCCUCUGACUCGGCCUCCCUGGCUCCCUUCAUGCUGGGUGCUGGUAUGGCUGGCAUGCUGCCCCCAGAUUUCCCCAUGUCCUACGGCCAGUCCGUGGGCAUGUACCCUAGCUCGCUGCUCCCUGGGGGGCUCCCGGCCGCCACCCCAGGCCCCGCUGGCUCCAGCUUCCUCUCCCACUUCCCCUCCUCUGGCCUGAUGGGGGCGGGGCUGGGUCGCUCUGACGCCCACGGCUCGGCAGAGAACGCAGGUAGUAGCUCAGACAGCGAUGACGAUGAUGUCAUUGAGGUGACUGGACAAUGAGAGCCUCCAACCGCAGUGGGGAGGCAUGUGGGUUGUAGGGGGCAGUUAGUGGAUUGAUGGUGCUAGAUCUGGAGAGGAAGGGAAGGGACAAUCAAGUCCCAUCCACCUCCACUAGCCCUUUUUCCCAUCCCAAGUGCAACAUGCACGCCGUUCAGAAAAUGAGUCUGUAUUGGAAUAUAACACAAACUGGACAAAGCAACGAAUCCUUAUGCUGAAUAUCUCAUUUAAAAAGAAGAAAAUAGAAGAACUGAGCACCAGAGAGAACGUAGAUGAAGAGGAAACGGACUUGGGGCUUCCAAAAUGUUCUGUCCUGUCCUUAUUCAAAUCACUGAAGCGACAGCUGGGUUUGAACCUGCAGUGACCCUGAAUCGCCACCAGGGUGUACUGUUUGUUCAGAAGACUGACUAAUUCGCUUGGUUGUCUUCUAAAACUUUUUGCAUUUUUCCAACAGUUGAUGAUAGACUAGGUUAAUAACUAACUGACAGUAGACUAGAGUUAAUCAAUCAAAUUGAGAGACAUAGUUGGUAGUAAUUAUGGUAUGUCACAAAAUAUCUGUUAGACCAUAUUGUUCUCGAUUGUCAUUAUUUUCUACGGUAGUCCUACUCUAAAACUGUUUUCAAAAUCAAUUUGAUUUGCUCUUGAAUUAACUGCCAGGACAGAAGUGUUGAGUUUUUUUGAGAAAUUGGAUGACAAUCUGAAAAUGGGCGAGUCGAGACGGAAGUCAAAGAAACCGUUAGGGUCUUUUGUUGGGUGAAAAUCUAAAUAGUAAGAACCUUCAACUCAAAGAAUGUACGCUUAUUUACGCCUUUAAUGCAGAUCUUUGGGACAGGCGUCACUUUUGGGAAGAUCUGAUUUCCACGUUUUAUGUCAUCUUCUGCAUUUUUCUGAUUUGAUUGCCUUGUCUACCGGUGAUGAUGUGAAAACAUUGCUCUUGCGAAGGGCCAACUGUCCAAAGGGACGGUGAAUUGAAAAUGCCUUGCCUCUCUCUGUCUCUGAAUGUUACCCAGUGGGAGUAGAGAAACAGCGAGACGGGCAGUCCUAGGGACCUGGAUCUCACCCAUAGUCUUACUGUAGCUUCUCUAAGUGAUGCAAAUAUGACCUGUGACACCUCUGUGUGUGUGUCCCCUUCCCUGUCUGUUUCUGCACUGGGUACCCAAGUGUUCUAGAGUAGAGAACUUGUCUCAUAGUGGCUCGCUCUGUCUCGGUGGAUAGCUUGAACACUUGUUUUCUGCUCCUUUGUCUCAUCUCUGGCAUAUGUGAUUUCAACUGGACAAACAACCCAGGGUUCAAGGGGUCAUUGUCAAACCAAAAUAAUUUGAGCAAAUUCAAAAAUAGCUGUGCCAAAAAAAAAACUUCAAGCACUCUCCAGAGAGGAUUAUUCUCUGACGCGACCAAACUGCUAUUGGCCUAAAGAAGAGGGUGUCUUUCGAAUUUGGUCACAGAAUGUUAUUAUUGACUUUGUUGUGAGCUCAUUGUUAAGGGGGAUGGGGGGUUAAGUGUUUGACACCUGGUUCUGUUUAAUUAAUAAACAGCACUUUUCAUUUUCGUUACUUCUGACUGUUACUGCCCCUCUCAUUACUUACAUAGACUUACUGUCUCAAUCCAACCCACUUUGGGAAGAGGGAAGGCCAGCCCACCACCUCCACCAAGUCCCUAGCCUUGAGUCUCUUUAGCAAGAGCUUUAAACUCCAAUUAUUGCAUUUAUUACGAUACCCUCGUAUCAUCAGACUUGUUCUUCUUUUCAUUCAUACCACACUUAAUGUGCUUUUCUUUUUUCAACAUUUGAAUUUACCAAAUUCAUGUAUUUAUGACAGUGCAUAUUUAUUCAUUCUUAUUUUAAAUGUUUGUACUUUUUUUGUUCUGUUUUUGUUUGUAAUGGGAUUUUUUUAUUUUUUAUGUUCAUUUACUGGAACACAGCAAUUAUUAUGUUCCAUAACUUGAGAAAUGUGAUUUAUUAGACAUCUGACUCGGUGUGUGAGUUUCAGGACCAACCAGUCACGGGCGGUCAAACCACUCAUUAGCAGAGAGAAAAUGUCACCCAGUGCUUUUGUUUUUUGUUCAUAUCAUCCAGAUGUUCAUUUGAAUCUAUAUAUCCUAAUGGCAAAUGAAAGCUAGUUCCCUCAGUUUAAUGUUUUCAGUUGUUGUACCACUCAAUCUUUUUCAUAGCUUUCUACUUGAAUUUCAGUAUUUAUUUAUAAAUCGAUUCAGUCAGCCACCAACUGACUGUCCAGUAAAUUCCAUUUAGUUAAAAGGGAUACUUCGGGAAGUUAGAGGUAGUUUUUGCGCGCCAAUGCUAACGAGCGUUGGCACAAUGACAGGAAGUCUAUGAGUAUGUGCUAGCAUGGUUAGCAAAGCCUGUACAGUACAUAGUUUGUGAAUGGACAUGUAACAAUGGAUGGCUUUAAGAUCUUUUGUAAAUAAAAUAAUGUUUUGAAUGGCA